CAUACACUCGCUCUCUACUCCACUGCCUAGUGCAGCAAGAAGCAUUUCCUUUGGUCAAAGUCUGAACCAAUCAGCUUGCUCCUUCUUGCGAGGUACCAUUCUAUCUGUGACUUUCAGCGUUCACACGUAGUUAACCUGUUAGUUUGAAAAGAAUCUCAGAAUGAACACCGUUUUGUCGUCUAUUUCCCGACUGCGUGGAUUAACCCACCUACGUAGCAGCGUCCCUACGUCGGAUCUCUCAGCAAAUACCACGUCUCACCUCAGGUUCUUCAGCAGCUGGUUUGCGUCCGGCGCAGCUGCGAGACCUCGGGUUUUCCGACUUCUGGGGCCUCUCCCUUGGCAAGUGGAGAGCGGCGAUGCGGUCCAGCAGCUCCCCUGGCUGCACCAGCAGGUGCGAACCCGCAAAAGAGGCACAGAGUACCAGCCGAACAACAUAAAACGGAUAAAUACACACGGUUGGGUCAAGAGGAUGAGCACGCGGGGCGGCAUAGAGGUGAUCCUGCGGCGUAUGUUGAAGAGACGGAAAUCCCUCUCUCACUGAAGGUCUUGAUGGAGGAUCUGAAGGACCUGGAGUCUUGGGAGGUGCUCAGGAUGCCACUGGAAAUGUCUGUAGUUGGAUAAAAUGGUUAUACUUUGAAAAUGACUGUUCUGACCUCUGAUCAGAACCAAGAACUGCUAUCGUAUAGUUUCACCAACCGGUCAAAAUGUCCUGUUCUAAAAUACAACAUGUAAAAUGUGUUUCAAUUAUGAAAUGUAUCAAAAUAAAAUGAGUUAGCAAAAUAAGGUUUGUUAUUGUGAAACCCAGUGAUGUUUGGAGUUAUGUGUAACACCUUCUCAGUGCUCUGCCCUCCAGCUGUUAGAACUUUGUUUAUUUGCCAGAAGACACCAGGAGGAACUCUUUUCUCUGUAAAGUUUUAGUAGAAUUUGUUUGGCAUUCUGUCUGGAAGUACAAGUUCAUCUCAAUGAGUACAAAUUCCAUCAAAAAGCUUACUUAUUUCAUUCAAUUCAUAAAGCAAUAGUUGCAUGUUUUACAGUGAUGUAUUAAAAGCAUUUCUUAAA